CAACAGCUCCUCAAUAUCUUUGAGGUCAUAAUAUCGACGCUCGAGGGAAAAUUGAAGCGCAUCGACAGUCUCGACAAGUCCGUCGAACACAUGGUGAAGCGCAUGGAGGCGCUGGACAAUCGUGUAGCCGACAAUCUACUUAAAACCGACGCUGUCAUCUCCAAACUACGCACACUAGACAACAAAAUCACCAACGACAUACACAGCUCCACACAUGACAGCGGCAAUGGAAGCGGGCGCUCAGCACGCAUUGCCAAUAUGGCCAAUGCAGAGCUUUUGGACAAUCGUCUAUUGCUGCUCGACCAAAAAGUGAGCGAUAUUGACACGAAGCUCGAGGUGCUCAAAACACAAAUCGAUAAUAAUUUCCUACAAGUGGACGAUAUUAAUGCGGAGGCGAGUGAGAAGAAGCCCAUAAGCAUGAAUGUUGUCGAGAUAACGAAAGCAAUGAAUGCGGAAGUAAUGAAUCACGUGUCGACGGAAUUGAAUGAAUUGCGCGACACGACCGACAACAUCGAUAAGAAAUUGCAAUUCCAUAUAAAUAUUGUAUCGGAGAAUGUGGGACGCAUGUUGCGCAUGGUUGGCGAUAUACACGAAGCCGUCGUGGAUCAUCAAGAGCAGCUGAAUUCAUUGAAUGCCACAACAACAGCGAUGCCGAUUAUAAAGUCGAGUAAAAUCGAUGCGCUCGUGAAGCAAAUACGACCAAUGGUCUCCGUGUCGGAGAAAAUGGACGAAGUGUGGGACGUUGUGGUGGGCACAAAGUCCUCCGUUAUCAAUGAUUUGCUACCCAAAUCGGAUGCUUUACUGACGCAAACGCAGCGACAGGAACGCGCUAUCGGUGAGAUACAUCAUGAUUUGAAGGCGAAAACGAAUCAAAUAAUCAACAACUUGGAUAUGGUGGAGAAGCGCUUAAAGAAACAGGAAGAUGAUGUGCAGCUGUUGGCUCAACGACCAGUGCCAGCUGAGUUGCUGAUGGAUCCCACUAUUGAUCGACUCGUCGAAUAUGAUCCAAAUCGCUACUCCGUAAUCGAUGAGUAUCCCGAGGCGAACAUGCCCACCACACCGAUCGGUUCCAGCGCCAGCUCGACCGCGCCACCGCCGACAGCGGCCGCAACAACUGCCACGCUUAACGCAUACACCAAUGCUGCUACGACAACGCCCAGUCCAUCGGUGUCUGUGGGCAGUCAGCCUACGGUAACCGCAUAUACCGUUACCGCUGCGCAAAUGGCUGCUAAUUUGGCUGGUAACACAGGCGCAUCCACAGCAAGUGUCGCAUCAUCGGCUGCUACUACCACAACAACAUCGGCAAAGCCACUCUCGCGCAAGGGUGGCAUUAUUUUCCCCAGCGUGAAAAAUAAACCGUCUGUGGUGAAUUCGACAUUCUCCACCGACAUACUCGCACUGAAGGACAUAAAGGGUUUUUCGUGUGUUGACCUUUUAAACGCUGGUAUGCGUCAUUCUGGUGUGUUUUAUUUACAAAUUCGUGGUACAACCUAUUGGUUUUUAAAGGUGUUCUGUGAACAGGAAGUCGCUGAUGGCGGUUGGACGGUUAUACAAAGGCGUGAUGAUUUCGGUGAGCCUCGAGAAAACUUCAAUCGCGACUGGGCAGACUAUAAGAACGGCUUUGGUGACCCAGCAAAAGAGUUUUGGUUAGGUAAUGAAAACAUUUAUAUGCUCACCAAUAAUGAGGAUUACGCGCUGCGUGUUGAGCUAGAGGACUUUGAGGGCAAUAAGAGAUAUGCGCAAUAUUCACACUUUAAAAUACAUUCCGAAGCUGAUUACUAUAAAUUAGAAAUUGAUGGUUAUGAAGGCAAUGCGGGCGACUCGCUUAAUGAUCCCUGGUACGGCUCAAAUAACAGUCCUUUCUCGACUUAUAAUAGAGAUAAUGAUAGGAGCUCCCUGAAUUGUGCUAGUAUGCUGAAGGGCGGCUGGUGGUGGAAGUCAUGCGGUCGUGGCCUAAAUGGUCUGUACUUACACGAUCCACAAGAUUUAACUGCCCGUCAAGGCAUCGUUUGGUUCCGUUGGCGCGGCUGGGACUACACCCUCAAGAAGGCUACCAUGAUGAUCCGCCCACGUGCACCACAACCUAUGGGUAGCACAGCAUCGACUUCAUAAGCAUUGAGCGACCUUCGUGCACCUACUUGGAAGCGUAAAUUGUAGAUGAAGACAACAAAUGUUUUCAUACACUUAAAAAAAAUCAACCGCAAAGCAGUUUCAAUUCAAAGAUAGUAGUUUUAAAAGCAACGCGAUUAUUUACGAAACGAAGCUGUUUUCAAGUGAACAGUUAUUUUUCAAUUGAAAACUUCUGCACUACUGAAAAUAAAGCGGAAAUACGAAUUUGUGCCGAAAAAAUUUCAUGCGCUCCCGCAAACAUACAAACUAUUCGCAUACAUAACACAUACAUACAUAACUACACACUUGCAUCUAAAAUGUAAUUGUACCAAAUUUUCGGGUUGAUUUGAUUUUGUUUUUGAAAUUAUGAUUAUUUUUUUUUUGUUUUAGUUUUCGUUGAUAGCCAAUUAUAUAUACGUUUACAUCCUUUUUUGUUAUUUGUUUUACAGAUAUUAACUUAUUUUAUCAUACAUAUUGCAUAAAAUACAUAC